CGAAUUGCAAUUGCUCGUUCUUUAAUCCGAAAUCCCAAACUUUUACUUCUUGAUGAGGCAACUUCUUCUUUGGAUUCUGAAUCUGAAAAAUUGGUUCAAGAUGCAAUUGAUAUAGCAAGUAAAAACUUUACAACAGUUAUAAUCGCCCACAGAUUAUCAACAAUUCAAAAUGCGGAUGUGAUUUUAGUUGUAAAUAAAGGUGAAAUUGUUGAAACAGGAACUCAUUUUGAGUUAAUUGCUCAACAUGGAUUAUACUCUGAAUUAGUUAGCAAACAAGUAUUGGGAUUUCAAAAAUAA